AGAAUUGAACGUGUAUCAUACACCGUUCUCUUUAAAGAUCUUCUUUGGGGAGAAACCAUGAACUUCGAUCUCGAUGGUAUAUUCAAAGUCAGUGUAUUGGCCGACAUGGUAUGGUCUGACAAAUUGUUCAAUUUGACGAUUUCCACGAGUGUAUGCACAGACGCCAAUGGAACAUGUACAGAAGAAAACAUUCUGGAGAAUGCAAUUUUACAAGCAACUCCAUGUAGCUGGACAUCCUUGUCAGAAGUUGAAGGUUUCGACGUUACCCAGUGGUUGGAAGAUAAUGGUAUAUCAGAUGAACUUGUUUUAUCGGACACUUAUUCUGACACUCUUAUGUCUAUUUUGGGAAUGUCUGGAUUUUUUCAAACAGUACAGUGCAAUCUACAAGACUAUGGACGAAAAAACGAUACCUGGCUUACAGAUUGUGCUAUUGUCCAUGGUCUUUCCAAACUGCCGUCAACUACAGCGUGUCAUUUAGAUGCAACCUGUUCAUCGUUCACAUGUUGCGUCAAUACUACGUAUAUACAAAAGACGUUCGAAUAUCAGCUUGAAAUCGAUUCAUGUGAACAGAAGCUGACACUUCGCAUAGAGAGAGUUACUGUUGUUAGAUCCUUCAGCGAAAUUUUAUUUGACUUUUCACUAAGUGAUUGGAAGACAGAACAUGGAAUAAAUACAAAUGUGCCACUGGACGAGUUCGCAAAAAUAGAACUUCUUGAUGAACUGGGAAUCAGCAUGUAUUUGAAGUCUGAAAACUGCAGCACUUUGAUACAAAAUUACAAUCUUGGGAAAUGGAAAACAGAGAUGGACAUGUCUUUUAAUGCAUUAUUCGAUUUGCAACCUUGUAAUUUAUCGCUAAAAGUUGGGUUUGAAAUGAUGACAACGGAAAUGAAGAUCAGAGAAAUAACAGGCACGGAAACGGUCCAAAGUCUGAACAGUGUACUAUAUAUGAGUUCAAAAGUGACCGAAAGAAAAGACGAGCUUCAAAUGGAAUGGACGGUCAAGGUUUGUAUAGAAGAUAAGUUUGAUUGUACCCGUCAAAUUCGACUUCUUGAAAAUGUCUUUAUUCCAAAACCUGAUUGUUGGUCGGAGCCACGUUCUGAAACCCAAGGAUUUUCUCUGCAAAAUUGGUUAUCUAUCAACAAUAUCACAUUAGAAGACAUGUUCGAAGAACAUCACGAUAAGCUAGCUGUAGACUUGGGUCUUGUUAACAUGCUCUCUUCCUCAAUGUGCAACAUAACAACUACAAUGCAAGACAUCUCAUACGAUUUCUGGCUUCUUGAGGAAUGCAUUUCAUCAACAACAUCCACAGGAUGCACGUCAGUUCGUCUUCCAAAUGUUACACAAGAUAUGUGUUUGCUUGAUGAUGAUUGUCGUGGUUUAACAUGUUGUGCAGAAUUAUAUUUCGGGGAUAUUACACGAAAUGUUACGUUUUUUAUUCGAACUGAGUGUAAUGGAAGCAUGCUGGGCUUUGGUAUUGAACGGAAAUCUUGGCAAACAAAAAUCCAGUCGAAACCAGCAUAUAUACACCGAAAUAUCAAGGACGCCAUUUUGUUGAACAUAACAGUCAAUAAUGACUCUCCGACUACGAUCAAAGUAUUUGUAAACCUGACGUUGUGUGAAAAGAUAUCAGGCGAAACAUCAUGUAUUACAUUGCCAUACCUUGUUAACCAAACACUUAAUAUACACUGCACGAGAAAACGACGUAAAAGAAGUGUGUUUCCGGUAGAGUUCAGCGUUGACGACAUUAAAUUGAAGCUUAAAGAAUUGCUAGGGAAGGGGUCUACAAAUGACGAAAUACAGUCUUAUAUCGAUGCAGUUAGGAUUGCACAGAAAACAGAACAAUUAAACACUCUGACGCAAGAAGAUGCCAACGAUUUGGAUUCAACAAUAAAACAGGUGAUGAAAUCUCUUGGCUGGAACAACCCAGAAACAAUUAAACAUCAACCCGUUCCUGAGAAAGGAUUUACAUUUUCGAAUACAAUAGAAGGCGCAGAGCAAAUUGUGGCUAUGCUAGGCGAUGCAAUGUCCGUGAUUAGCAGGGCUAAUCAAUUAUAUAUUGUUGGCAAAGGACUUUCCAGGCUUGGUACAGAGGUUCUUGGUAUACAACUGGCCAAUAUGACCAUCGGGGAUAUUCAGUCGUUACUUCACACCAAGAAGGUUAAUCCAAUCCAAAUUCGUGUUAUUGUAAACGACUUUAUCGAUCUAGCAAGAGUUUUGUAUUCCGAAGUCAUGAUGAAGAUGGGUUCAGAAAGUGUUAAAAACAUAUUUGAAUCAUUUGAAUUUACUCUGAAAGGGUCAUUUAGUUAUCCAAGGAAACAAAUACGAUUUUUUGAAGAACCUUUGUAUUCUUCGAUUUCUCUGGGUGGAAUUCUGUCACUGACGCUUGAGUUUGAUGCUUGGGGCUUUUACGGAUUAGAGAUGGGUUGGCAAGCAAAAAUAAUAAGCAGAUCAGCUAAAGGAACUUUACUCCCAUAUGCCGGCUUAUCAACGUAUUUUGAAGUUGGUAUUGGAUUCAUAUUGUUUGGAAAACUAAGACUUGAAGGCCAACUUUGUAAUAUAGAGUUUCCGUCAGCUGCAGAAAUAAGAUUUUCAAAAUUUCCACUUGACGUACGGCUAAACAUGGACCUCGAGAUAAGACCACUGAAACUUGAAUUGUUUGGUCUUGUUACAUUGGAAGUGGACCUGUUGUUCAUUCGUUUCAAGAAAACGUUAUUUGAAAAGAGGAUCUGGCAUUACGAAAUGCCGAAAAUAUCAAAACCUUUAGUAGACGUUUCCACGAAGGAAGAAGAUGUCAGUCCGCCGAUCUUUUCACCAGUUGUAUCCAAAACGAGCUCACGAACUGGACGCGCAUUUACAGACUGUGCUUUACGUCAAAUUCCAAACAGGGACUACACUGAACCAGCAUUUGAAAUAUCUGUCCAGGCAGCUGAUGAUAGAAGCAACGUAAAGUUCUUUGUAGAUGUAGGGACAUUUCAAGGAGGAAAUGAUAUUAGGUCUAACAUGCAACUAGGUGGUUCGGAAACAGUAGUGAAAACGGAAUCACAGUUCCAUUAUUUCGAACGAUUGUCCAGUGGCCAGUUUGUUGAAAUAAGCACUGACUCUUUUGAUAUGCGACACAAUACGCUCCACUUUGUCAACCUAGACGUAACGAACGUCCUUGGGUAUAGAUCAAUGAUUCACAGUCAAGGGAUACUGACAGAUUUCUCAUGCCCCGAACCAGGGUCAAUUUUAAAUGGAUCGUUGGAUGCCCUAAGUUUUGUCAAUUGUCGAACGCUAGUUCCUUUUGACAGACCGGACCUUUCCCGAUAUUGCACCGGCCAGCCCACAGUAGUUCAUAAUCAUCGAACCGUUAUCGACGGACCCGGCUCUAGGACUGUGUUUAAUGGCGGUAAUCCUAUGACCGAAACAUUGUAUUCAAGGAGUAAUAACUACAUAGCGGCCAACUGGGAUGGAAUCCAUGACAAUGAAACAGGCAUUUUAGUCUACACAUGGUUUGUUGGAAGGAAUGUUUGCGAGGAUUCUAUUCAUCCUGAUGUUGACCCACAUAAACAACUACUGCAUGAAUCUCACUGGCGAAACAUCGGAAUUAUAUCUUCUGCGUCGUCGAACAAGAACAUAUUUCCACUGACAUCUGGACAAUACUUCGUCUCUGUCCGAGCGAUGAACAAGGUCAACUUUGGAGGGUUUCUAGGAACGACAAUUUGCCAUUCGAUACCUUAUAUUAUCGACAUAACGAGUCCAAUCAUUUAUGAGAUUUACGACAUUAAAUACAACGAGGACACAUUUCUUAUAUCAGCGCUUCAUAACUCGACGGACGAAGAAUCAGGCAUUGUGUACAUAGAUGCUUGCCUCGGGAGGAAUCCAAGGAGUUGCGAUAUUAUGAUUUGGUCGCGUAGCACGACAUUGACAUUAGUUCAGUUUACAUUCCAAGUUCCUGACGGAAUACCAGCUUGGCUUAGACUUCGUGCCACAAAUAAUGUUGAUCUGCAUGUAGUGGAAAGGGCAAACAGAGCCAUUCUUUUAGAUGCGAGUCCACCGAUAGCAGGUGUUGUCAAUGAUGGUGAAAUAUACGCAGAAGACUUGCAGUUUACAAAGUAUACUGAUAAGAUGUGUACAAACUGGCACGAUUUCCACGAUCCUGAAUCAGGAAUUUCAAAAUACGAAAUAGGUGUCGGAUCUAAACCAGGAAUGUUAGACGUUGUUGGGUUGGAAGGUGUUAAACACGACGAACACUUAUUUUGUUUUGAACUUCGAGAAAAUGAGACUUUGAUUCACGAUAACGUUUAUUAUAUUACUUUAUGGGCUUCUAAUGCUGCAACCAAUAGGAAAAACGUGUCAAAGUCUUCCGACGGAGUGAGAGUUGACGUGACAAAACCUUUACCAGGCAAUGUUGUCGAUGGUAAUUUCCUAAACUUUAAAGACAAACAAUACAGCCACUCAAAAUCAUCUGUACAGGUACAAUGGAUCAAUUUCCAUGAUCCCGAAUCUGGUAUAAGAAGCUAUUCUACAUCAGUGGAAAGAAGCAGAGCUGGACAAACAUACGUUGUUAAAACUGAACAUGACAUCGAUGCUACUUCGAAGGUAGCAGCUUGGAAUAAUUUUAAUCUUAAACAUCUUGAUUACAUUCGAUCGACAAUUAUAGCUAUCAAUGGGGCUUUGAACGACAACUCAAAUUCCACAGACGGUAUUUUGAUAGACCUGACUGAACCAGCUAUAAAAUUUAUAUAUGACGGAACAUCACUUGGAUCAGAUAUCAGAUUUCAGAGCUCUCUGGAGGAAUUGUCUGUUAAUUUUGAAGUGAAAGAUGAAGACUCGGGUAUUGUCGAGUUGAAAGCUCAAAUUCAUAUCGGAAACCAAGGUUUUACAAAACAAUUUUAUCCGGGAGAAAAGGAUGGAUGGAUUGUUCUUAAAAACACCGAAACAACAGUCUUCACCAAAAACAACCUACAACUGUCUCUUGGAUCCAAGUACAGCUUUAGAGUUGAAGCAAUCAAUGGAGCAGGACUUACGGCAUCUCUUGAAUCUGAUGGAGUGCUAAUAGACAAUACUCCACCAGAAAUUGAACUUCUUCAAGUUGGAGUUUUAGGUACAGCCGAUGAAGAAAUCGUCUUUGAAUACGUUUGGCAGGCUGAUCACGAUGGUAUAAAGGUGUCAUGGGAAGCAAGUGACCAUGAGUCGGGAAUCACAGGUUUCCGAUUUGCUAUUGGCACAACGCCAGGUAUAGCUGUUGAUGGUCCAAAGGGGGGCCUUUCAAAUGACAUUGAUUAUCAGGGUGAUAUGCAUACCGUAACAAUGAGUUUUAAUGGAUUUAAAAGUUCUCAACAUGGCAUACAGACAUAUGAUUGGGCAAUAGGAACUACGCCACAAGGAGAAGAUGUUCAACCGUACCUAGAAUAUGCAAUACGACAUUCUGAGACAGAAAUGUCAGAUCUUCAUGGGCUAGGAAGCGGAGGACAGGCCCAAGUUACAGUUGAUAUCGAACCAAACAAAACCUACUAUACCACACUCAGAGCAAUUACAAAUGCUGGAAAUGUUUUGCAAACGACAACUGAUGGUUUUAUUGUUGACAUCACACCUCCAAAUAUAAGUAUCCUUACUUUUGGUUCACAGUCCAUGAAAAGUGGAAAGUCGUCAUUUCAAAAAGGCGAAACAGCUUUAUCUGGAUCAUGGUCUUACCAUGAUAGUGAAUUCCACGAUGCCAAUAACGUAGAAAAUAUACGACAUACGACAUUUUCCAUAGGCACAUAUCCGUUUGCUACAGAUGUUGCUAACAGCAAAUAUCUAAACGCGUCUGUUGAUGGAACGUCUUUCAUUAACGAAGAAAGCAUAUUGCCAGCGUUAAAAGGUAUUCCGAAUAUUCUCUCUGCAAAGGUGACAAAUAAAGCCAACAUAACCGCUAAAACCUACUCUCAGUCACUUAUCCAAGACAACACAGAACCUAAUAUAGGAAUAGUGGCAUGUCAUGAAUAUAUUCAAAGUCACUUUAACGUAACAUGCGAGUGGUCAGGAUUUGCUGAUGUCCAAAGCAAAGUUGAAAGAUUCUACAUAUUUUUCGGUUUUCAAGAAGGAUUUGACGACAUUGCUCCUGCUUAUGAAUUAUCUGGAGAUGUUCACAGCUAUGUCACUUCAGUAUUACAUGUGAGACAUGAAGAUAUAUUUUAUGCAACUGUCAUUGCCGAGAAUUCUGUUGGAUUACAAGCUCGUGCGUAUUCCGCUCCAAUAUCAGUAGACGAUACUCCGCCAGUUUCGGGGGUUGCUGUUGAGUUGAAAAGUGCUUCGUAUAUAGAUCCAAAUGAUUAUGAGAACACCGUGCAAUCUACUAAAAUGGCAUGUGAAAGUCCUGUUGAAUGCAAUAUGGUAGAUGCCGUUUGCCAAGAGACAACGAAUACAAUACGGGCUGCAUGGUCGCCAUUUAUUGACGCUGAAUCCGGAAUAAAAAGUCUGCUGAUCGCUGUAGGGACAAUACCCGGUGGUGGACAACUAAAACCGUUCUUUCCAAUACAUCAUUCAGCACAAAACAUUGAGAUAACGGGCAUCGACCUGUAUGGCAAAAGAGAGAUAUUUGUGACGAUUAAAGCAGAAAACAAUGCCGGGAAAGCUGCAAGUGUUAUUUCUAACGGCGUUUAUCUCUCAUACAUUAGCCAAGAAAUGCAACCCUUGUAUCAUAUUGGCGUAUAUGAUAGCCAUCAGCAUGCGAUAGGGGAUAUCGAUUAUCAAGUAGAGACAUCAUCUCUGGAAGCCAAAUGGGAUGUGUCUGGUGACCCAUGUCCUGUCAUAAAAUAUGAAUGGGCGAUAGAAUCUACGGACGGAAGAGUGAUACAAAACUUCACGGAUAUGUACACAUCAACGCAUGGAGUGAACGAUCAACUUGAUCUCAAAGAAGGUGAAAGAUAUUACAGUUUACUGCGUGUGACCAAUGCUAUUGGUUAUUCUUACACUUUACGAUCUAACGGCGUUACUGUCAGUUCCGACGUUCUUAUACCGGGAGAGGUUUAUGAUGGUUUAAUACAAGGCUACGAUUUAAGCGUGCAGCAAUCCCGAACGAACGUGUCAGCCAAUUGGGAUGCAUUUGGCAAAGUCAAAACAGACUUGGAGGAUCAACUUGAAACAGGAAACCAGGGACUUGAAACAGAGGCGGAGGAAGCACCAGAUAUAGAAUAUUAUGAAGUCGCACUUGGAACCGAUAGACGCUUUCCGAAAACAAGGGAUAAUGUUGUCCCAUUUACGAAUGUCGGUCAGAAAACAACUGUAACAUUCCUUAAUCUUAACUUGGACUCCGGGGAUGUUGUUUACUAUUUCACCGUUAAAGCAUAUAGCAAGACGUAUGCUACGUCUUUUGCGAUGUCAAAUGGGUUUUAUGUAAUGUUUAACGGAGGAGUAAAUGCGGGUGAAAUAAGCAUGCCUAGCUUUGUGAACGACACAAAUCAAUUACAAUAUUCUUGGAAUGGUUUUUCUUCCAAAGUGGACAUUAUGCUUUACUACAUUGCGUUGUCCAACGGUUUUGCAAACGAAAGUAAUUGCAGAAAAUAUAUUGUUCGUCAAAAUAGUUCAAUUGCGAUAACACAACUGUUCGACGUAGUCGGCGUGACGGACCUGCAAAUUGAUACAAUGGUUCAGCUGAACGAUCUUGAUCUUGUUCAAAAUAAUUCCUACUCUGCCUGGGUGCUUGGUGUUGAUAAAUCUGGCGAGUGCAAUAUGACUUAUCAUAGAUUUCAUGUAGAUAUUACUCCGCCAUCAAAAGGAAAAGCAACUGCAGGACCAUACUAUGACAUGGACAUUGCCUAUGCCUUCGCAAAUGACAGACUUCGGGUUCAGUGGACAGAUUUUCUUGAUUAUGAGUCUGGAAUCUUGAGGUUUAAUUUGACUUUAUGGACGAGCAGUCAUUGCCGACAUAAUACACUUUUGCCAAUUGUAUCACUGGAUGUUCUGCCCGAUUUUACCGAUCAUACAUUUUAUAAUAUUUCCCUCAAGCCAGAAACCGUGUACUUCGUGACUGUGGAAGCUGUCAACAAGGCUAUGUUGAGAUCAAUAGCAUUCACAUCGCCAAUAAUAUAUGACAAUUCCAAACCAUCAGCCGGAUAUGUCGCAGAGGGAGCCGAUAUAAAGGAAGAUGUUGUAUGGUGGGGAAAUGCAUCAUCAGUAAUAGGAACAUUACUCCAUUACCCACUCUGGAUGGAUGACGAAUGCCCUCAACAAGAUGUAUUUAUGACUGAUGGCCAUUGGGCAGCUCUUGAUAUUGAACACAUAAAUGAUCCAGAUGGAAUUCAGUGGGGUCUGAACUAUAGACCUGCAAAUGUGCAUAUUGUCAACAAAGACGAAAUAAAAAUCAAGAUGUCAAGAGAUACAAAAUUUAAACAACUGUAUUCAGGAGCCUAUAUGAAAUCAGCUGACUUUUUGAAUGAUGGUCUUUAUCAGAUCAACAUUAAAACCAACAACAAUGACGGACUUGCUGUCACGGGAGUAACAUUUUGGGAUGGUGAAAUUGGCGAUCUGCAUCUGUUUGACCACAACCCAGUGGAAAAUUGGUCUUCAAUAGACGAGUGUCUAUGUUGUCAAGCGGAAAGCGAGGUAAUUGAAUGCCCAUGCAACUGCACUGAGUAUUCGAGUAAUUUUGACAGCAAUGCAACGUCACCAUAUUAUAAUGGAACGGAAUCCGCAUCAUCAAAUAGUACUUUGUUCGACAGUUUAAUAGUCCCUGCAGAUAGGGCGUGUGGACUUCAGAUAUACGGAGGCUCAAACCCUUAUGUCGUUACUUGGUGUAGAUUCUAUAAUACAUCAUAUCAGCCAAUGACAGUAACGUCAGACUUACAAUUUGAUCCUGCAGAGAGUUACCAUAGGUACAGCAUAAAGUUUUUGGCCAAACGAGAGGAUUCGCAGAUUACACAAUGUAUCAAGGCGUAUGCUGAUCACUACGAACUUUCUGAAAUGUGCGGAAUACCUCAUCUUUCAAAAAUGACAAUGAUAGUGCUGCAUGUCUGGAACAAAAACAGCAUUAUUCCAGAGAUGAACUUGUUUAACAGUUGGACAAGCUAUUCUUACUUCAAGACGUUGAAACUACCACCAAAUGACUCUGAACAAUGUCGGUACGCUCAACCAUGGAAGGGAGGCACGAUUCCGAUUAUUUCCUAUGAGGCCGGCAUCGGCACAUCCCGAACCGUAGCCGAUGUGGUUAAUUUCAGACAGGUCAUUCAACCGUGUAUUCCGUGUAGCGGUCUUUGCUCGGAGCUCAUUUGCCACAGCAACUGCGGACACGACACUUAUACCGCGAUGGCGUUCACCAUAGAUGAUAUUGACUUGUCGUCCAGUACAAAUGGAUCGUUGUAUAUAAUUGUUAAAGCAUUACUGGGUUCCGGCGAAGAGACAAUGUCUGCUUCUAACGGUUUUUACAUAGAUACAACGCCUCCUACGUUUGAUCUUGAAGCACUAUUUUAUAUCGACGUCAACCAAGGAGAAUUUACGCCGGCCGAAUACCAAGGUUCAAGCGAUACCAUAAAAGCCGUGUGGUUUUGUGAGGACGAUUUAAACGAAAUAAGGGAGUAUGAGUGGGCAAUCGGAUCCUACAUUGGUGGUGACGAUUUGCAGCGCUUUACGUCAACUGGAGUUACUUCAAUUGGAACAAACACAAGUUUUGAAGGAAUACUAGAAAGCAAUUCAACGUAUUAUGUAUCUGUAAUGUGUACAAAUGAAGCCGGCCUUGUGACUGUAUUAAACGAUACGAAAGGUGUGACUGUUUUACUUGAGGCACCAAGUGAGGAUUCUAUCAACACUUCCGCGAUAAAUGCAGAUGCAUUUGAUGAAGACGUGUACCCACUAACAGCUUUAGAAACGUCAGAUCCAACAUCAUGUGGUGAACAAUGGAGUAAAAGCUCUGACGACUCUGUGGAUAGAUACGACUUCUGCGUCGGUAGUUCAAAGGUGACACCUGAUGACAUAGUGCCAUGCGUAUGGGUAGCAGUAAACACCUCUGGCAUAGUUGAAAUAAAGGAAGGCCACAUUUAUAUAGAUAUUGUGCAAUAUUUUAACCUUUCAGCUUUGCAAGCAUACAGUGAAGCACAUUAUACAGUAAACGAAAAUAAUAACACUUCUGAAGACAUAUUUCGCAUGGAACCAGGACGGACCGUGUUUAUAUUCAUGAGGAUUUGUAACAAAGCACAGAUUUGUUCAUUCAAACUGACAAAUUCGGUAAUUGUUAAAGGAAACGAUUCAUCAUUGGCAAUUUCUAAAAAUGGAACAGCAAUGUCCGUAAUUCUUGGACAGAGUUCAGCUAAAAACCAAAAACGUAGCUCUGUAUACAGCAUCAUCAACGCAACAUUUCCUGGAGGUAUGAACGAUGGACAAAGUGUUUUGCUAAACGAACUAUCUGAAGAAGAACUAACAACAAUCUAUCAAUCUGACGCAACUCCUGCAUUCAGGCCCUAUAUUGUCAAUCCGUUUGAGACGUUAAACAAAACUGAAAGGCUUCUGCACAAGAGGACAUAUCAAGUUGAAAACUCGUUUACAAUCAGCCCAAUCGGCCAGGAGGAAUUAACGGGAGCUAUUGAAAUAACCCACCAGCAAAUAAACUUUGACAACUCAGAUCCGGCUAGUAACAUCACCAUGCUCAUACAUUGGAAUCCAGAUAAAGAGGAGUGGCAGAUAUCUAGCAGAUCUUGUCAGGAUGAAUCUGACACCGAGACACAUUAUCCGGAUCUUGGCGUCACCAUUGUGAAGGUUUGCAAUACCCGUACACAUAACAGCUCCAACGAUACACAGCAGUACAUGUACCAAGAAACUCAGUUUGCAGUGGCAACCGUGAGAGCGGGACCAUUCAACAGUCCACCGUAUCUCAUUUCUCCAUUUAACAUCUCACUUUUAGAAGACUCAGAGGUCGUUACUUUCAAACUAUAUGCUCGUGACGAUGAACUAGAUGACAUCGCGUUUACGCAGUUCAACACUCAACUUCAAAUAGGAAAUAUGAAGCUAAAUAACUCGGGCUGGUUAGAAAUUGAACUUUGUGCUAACUGUUACGGACAUCAUACACUCCAAAUAGAACUAAAAGACACACCUUCUUUCGUUGAAGUAACACCUGCCAAAUCCAUAGAAACAAUCAAUGUAUAUGUAGUGGAACUAAAUGAUCCGCCAACUGCUUUGCUGUAUUCAAUGGAAGGCCAGUAUCUGCUAAAAUCAGACCCGACGGAGCCAAUCAUAUUCAUUGAAGAACAACAAAUUAAACCGACGGUGUUUGACUUAGCAAUUUAUACAGCGUAUGACGUGGACAUUAAUGAAUCAAUUCAACUUGAAAUUUCGGAAUCACUUUCAACAUCAAGUGGUUUCUCGGUUCAAGAUUCUGACCUGCCGUCGUGCAUUGACAAUGUCAAUUGCUAUCAGGCUGACGUUCGCAUGAAGGGCUCAGGACUUAUCCAAGCAAUAUAUAAUGUCACGUAUGCUAUAAACACCGAUACUCUUCAAGAUAUUGGGAUCAAACGUUUAAAGCUUGCUGCUCGAGAUUCUAGUGGAUCAUACUCGGAUGUGAUUUCAAUUGAAUUGUGGAUAAUGGCUAUGAAAUGCAUGAAUGGGGGCAAAUGUUUGAGUAAAUAUUCAGACCAGUAUGACUGCAAUGAUGAAGUGAGAACAGAAGGGUUUGACGAAUAUUUUACAUGCAACUGUCCGAACGAGUGGACCGGACAGUAUUGUGAAGAAGAUGUUAAUGAAUGCGCUAAUCAGCCGUGCUCCGGCAGAGAGAUAUGUAAGAACAAAGAUGGUGGCUACGAAUGUUUCUGUGAGAGUGGUGACUUCUUAUGCACUGCAAAUCUUGAAGGCUGGAGCUUUGCACUCAUUGUAAUUGGAGCCGGACUUUUUCUCUUUAUUAUUACCAUUUUCUGUUUUGUGGCACGUUGGAAAUACAGACAAAUGAAGUACAAGAUUGGUGUGUAUCCACCGAACGGAUCAGAGAUUUGCCUCCAAGACGAUUUUGAUGCGGACAUUCCUGGAAGUGUACCUCCUUUGUCUACAUUCACAAAGAACCAUAAACAAGACGACACGCUACAAACUCAAAUUAGCACCGACUUCAGUGACGACGACUGCGAUUUGCGACAUCCUGCACCGGACAUUAGUCAGCGGGACAUCGUUACCGUGAAGAUGUCUGACAUGAGGGAGAAUAUUGAUGUAAUGGGCAUGUUUCCAUCAGCUGGAAUGUUGCGACCACCAAAAAGAAACGUCCAUGUUAAUACAGCGUUGCUAUCAUCUGCAAUGCCACCUGUCGAAGGACAAGAAGAAACAGAGUUUUAAUUUAAGCCGACAAGUACAUCUAAAUUGCAACGAACUCUAUCUUGCGCUAUUUAAAAAAUGUGUAUUUCACAACAUUAACACUAUACAAACAUCGACUGUCAGUGUUUGUUUUGUGUAGACAGUGUCUCAAAGGAAAGAGUCAUAUAUAAUUCUAGAACUUGAAAUGGACGGAUCUCCUUAAGAACUAAGUGAACAAACCUUGGACGUCGAAGUGUUUUACUUGUUUAUAAAUGUGCAUAAUUAUAGAUAAAUAUUACUAGCGUGUAUUUGUGGUUUUGUAGUGUAUCAUGUUUUAGUGUGCAUGAACAAUAUGCUAAUUUGUAAGGAGUUUGGUGAGUUCUCUUUCGCUUGUGUUUAUUUAUUAUUCGUGUACAUGACUAUCUUGAUUUUAUUGAUGAAAUGCUAAUCAUUUUUAUAACCGAAGUAUUGUUCAAUCUUAAACUACAGUAACGUUUACAUUUUACAACUUUUACAUUUACUAAUCCCUAUGUUAUAUUACUUAUUUUGUUUAAACCUUUUUUCUAGAAUAACACGCGUUAUCAACGGACAUGUUUGUUAUAUAACAAAUAGUUGUAAUAUAUUACAUGAUAAGUAAGGCCGUAUAGAAUAUAUUCAAACAGAAUAAAGGGCAACUUUGAAGAUCGGUAAGCCAUGUAAACUUACCAGGUGAAAUAAAAGAAAUUAAAAAUGAAGAUUCAAGUAAUAAUUAAAAUCCAUAACGACUGACUGCUGACUUAUAAAAACAAAUGUUCAUUAACAUAAUAACAUAAUACAGAUUAAGACUGUCAGUUGAUUUCGUAUGCUGUUAUGAACUUAAAUCGAGACAGUCAUAUAUAAGUUUGGAAAUUUAAAAAAAAAAAAUGUUUUUUUUAAAGGAUCUUCUUUAGAACUAAGUGUAAAAACAUUGAGCGCCAUAGUGUUUUGGUUGUUUGUGCAUGUACAUAGUUAUAAAAAAUAUUACUAGCGUGUAUUUGUGUGUUUUUUUUUUGUAGAGUAUCAUUUUUUAACAUAUAAAAUACAAAAUGUUAUCGUGUGAAGAGUUUAGUAUUUUUUUCUUUUUCUAGUGUUUAGUUAUUGUUAUUGUAUCAUGAAUAUCUGAUUUUUAUUGAAUAGUACCCUUUUUUACUUAUGGUUAUUUUAAUUACUUAUAUUGUAUAUUCUUUUUCCUAUAAUUAAUCGUGUUUUCAACGAACAUGUUUGUUUUAUUACAAAUACUUGUAUUGUAUGAAAUAAUAGAUCAAGGCGUAUAGAAUGCAUUCAAACAGAUUUUGCUAUUUUGAAUAUUGGUAAGUCAUGUAAAGCAUUUAAGUUACCGGAUCAAAUAAACCAAACUAAAAAAUGAGGAUUCAAGUAAUGAUUUAAAGUUUUUAGUCAGCUGACACACAGCUCUUAUUAAGUUUUCCCGAUUUACUAUAAAAAAUCAAUGCUGACAUAUUUAAAAACAAAUGUACAGCAAAUGUACAGCAGAUUUGAAAAAUACAGCCAUCCCAUUGGAUAAAAUAUAAUUUCGAACAAAGCGAUAUUUAUAAUGACAAACAGUGGUUUAUUUUCCCCUAUAAUCAUACGAGGGAAACAUAAUGAAUAUUGUACCUGCACCAUCUUCAAUAUUAAAAAUACUAAACAUAGCUGUUCUGUAUUUGUAAAAUUCGUACAAAACAGAAUACAAUUUAAGAUAUCAGUCUGAUCUAGUAAAUAUAAGACAAACGAA